UUUAUUUUAUUUUUGUUGUAAAGAAGGAUGAAGAACAAUCCUCUUCUUCUAAAGUCUAUGAAUCACAUUUCAAUAGUUUGCAAUUCAGUGGAGAAAUCUUUGGAAUUUUAUCAGAAAGUUCUUGGGUUUUAUCCUGUUAAAAGACCUGCCUCCUUUACCUUCCAUGGUGCAUGGUUGUACAGCUAUGGGAUGGGAAUACAUCUUCUUCAAUCUGAUGAACCUGAUAACAUACCCAAGAAAAGAGUCAUCAACCCUAAAGACAAUCAUCUUUCAUUUCAGAGUGAAAACAUGUCCACAACAGAGAAGCAAUUGAAAGAGAUGAGAAUCGAGUACGUAAAGUGUGAGGUGGAAGACGAGGGGAUCUUCGUUGACCAGCUCUUCUUCCACGACCCCGAUGGCCUAAUGAUCGAAAUUUGCAACUGUGAGAACCUCCCCAUCUUACCGGUGUCAGGAGGUGGUGACUCCCCUACCACGGCCACCAACGCAGCUCGUUUCUGCAGUAUUCAACAAGCAGAGGAACAACAAAAGCUAAAACAAAUUCAAAGCGCCACCGUUCAAAGGAUGCAACUCCAGCAACUUCUCAUCAACAUCCCAUGCAACGCCUGGACAUGAAAACUAAACUAUAUAUAUUGUCUUCCUUUAUUAUUUUGUAUGUUGUUUUACAUGUUCAUCAAAUCAUUAUCAUCCUGGUUACGUUUAUUUAAAAUGAUAAAAGGGAAAAUUAUGAAUUUGAUUGCAAUCAACUGAUUCUUUUUUGUUA